GAAAGGUAAGGAAAGCUAAAUUCCGUAUGCGAAGGUUUUUUAAGAAACACAUGUCUUACAUCACUAGUGGGCUUGAACUGAGAGUUUCGGAUGGGCACACUUGUUACUCCACAAGACUAGAUUUGGAUCAACCAUGGGAAAGUCCACGCAAACAGGAAACCACAAGAGUGACAGGAAGAAGCACAUCGCAAGGACAUGGAAGACAAAGCACAGGACUAAAGACCUGGACCAGAUCCACUCCGACAUGACGACCGAGGCCGCAGCCAAGCUGCUCCAUCAGGCGGUGGACAGCGAUGUGACAGGAUGUGCACAACACUACUGCUUACACUGCGCGAGAUAUUUCGUGGAUCUGAGAUCCAUGAAAGAGCACUUUAAAACUAAAGUGCACAAAAGACGGUUGAAAAAGCUCAGAGAGGAGCCCUACACCCAGGCAGAGGCAGAUAGAGCAGCCGGUAUGGGCUCCUACAUCGCCCCAAAAAAAGUUGAAGUGAAGACACAGACUGUAGAAGAGGACAUGAACUGAGAGCCGCCCACUUUAACCCUGAUCAACUCAAAAACAGAAGCAUUUACAAAAUGGAUAAUGCUUCUGUUAUUCAUUGUUGUCACUAACCUUGAGUUUUUGAUGGUGACACCAUUCUCUAGAAUCAAUAAAGCCUUACCUUUUUAUACUAGAUAAAGUAAUGCAACAUGUACCUAAUGUAAAUAUUAGGUAUCUGUAGAACUGUGUGCAAUGCUAAUAAACUUUAACAUGGAGUGGAUUUAGGUUGCAGAUUGCAUUCAUAUGGAACUACACAAUGUGGUUUAGCAGUGUUUCCCAACCUGAGGGUAAGGAACCCACAAAGAGUCCCAAGACAAGAUGUUUAAAAGAAAAAUAAAUCAUGGCACGUGAUGUUCCACCCGA